GUUACUUCUCGUUGUACAUCUUUUUGGGGUUCUCACUGUAAAUUAUCUCCUGUUCUAUGGCGACGAAAUAUCUUCAAAAGACAACCGCCACGUUACAACUGGAAUACUCCUUGGACGAUGAACAUAUUUUAACGUUUCUUUCGCAUCGUCCGUGCCAAUGUUAACCAACUAUUAUCUGGUAUGGAAGACCCCGAAAAAUUGAUCAAUCAAACGAUGACAGAUAUGCAAAGUGACUUGGUAAAGGUUCGUCAAGCGUAUGCAGAAGUGGCAGCUAGUCAAAAACGGUUAGAGAAACAACGUCAACAAGCGCAAGUAACUGCUUCAGAAUGGUAUAAAAGAGCUCAGUUGGCUUUACAAAGGGGAGAGGAAGGACUAGCGAGAGAAGCUUUGGUGAGAAAAAAACAACAAGAAGAAAUGGCCAAGUCUUUGGAAGAACAGUUGGCGUUACAAACAGACAAUAUGAAUAAGCUUUAUUCAUCUAUGCAGCAGUUGGAAGUGAAAAUCAAUGAAGCAAGAGCAAAGAAAGAUCAGUACAUUGCUCGAGCUAGAACUGCAAAGACAUCACAAAAGGUGAAUGAAAUGCUUGGUUCAGUCAAUACUAGUUCCGCAUUGGAAGCUUUUGAAAGAAUGAAGUCAAAAGUAGAAGAAUUGGAAGCUAGUGCUGAAGCAAGUGCUGGUAUGAUUGGUUCUGGUGAUGCCAAUUUGGAAAGACAGUUUCAGGCUUUGGAAGGAACUUCAGUAGAUGAUGAAUUGUCCCAGUUGAAGAGAAGUCUUGAGUCUUCUUCUCGUCCCAAAUCACUUCCUUUUCAGGAUCCCAACGUAGAAGCAGAACUAGACCGAAUGAAAAGAGAACGAGAUUAUCCUUAAAAAGUCAUCAGGGGAAUGAAUAUA